AUGGAAGUUAUGGGAUUUGUUCCGGCUAAGAAUUUUCCUCUUCCACCGAAAUGCAAUACUUUCCCUGACGGCAGAUUCGACGCCGUUCAAGCAUGGGGUCCCCGGAGCUCCGGGAACAAGAAGAGAACACUCACUUAUUGCCAGCCGGGAGUUGCAAUACGCGCCGUUUUGAGCCCGACCCUUGAUGUAGCUUCGACGGAUAUCCCAGCUCCGGCAGCUCCGGCGGUCCAAUCCGCGCCGUUAUUGACGGUUUCGGCGAACUCUCUACAAUGCGAGCCCGGUUUUUUAAUGCGGAAUCGCUGGUUGAACGUGGAGAAUGGGGCGGCCGGGGGAAACGGUGCGUUGACCUCCGCGGCUUACUUGAGGAAGAUAUUGACUUCCAAGGUUUAUGAUGUGGCAAUUGAGUCUGAAUUGGAGCUCGCUACUAAGCUCUCCAAAAGAAUGGGAGUCAAUAUUUGGCUCAAGCGUGAAGAUCUUCAACCCGUAUUUUCGUUUAAGCUACGUGGAGCUUAUAAUAUGAUGGCAAAGCUUCCGAAAGAGCAGCUAGAAAGAGGGGUCAUUUGUUCUUCAGCUGGAAAUCACGCUCAAGGUGUUGCCUUAGCUGCUAAAAAACUUGGCUGCAAUGCUGUCAUUGCAAUGCCUGUUACCACUCCAGAAAUCAAGUGGAAAUCAGUAGAACGGUUGGGUGGUAACGUUGUCCUGGUGGGAGAUUCCUAUGACGAGGCUCAAUCGUACGCGAAAAAUCGUGCUUUGGAAGAAGGCCUGACGUUCAUCCAUCCCUUUGAUCAUCCUGAGGUGAUCAGCGGGCAGGGUACAAUUGGAAUGGAGAUUGUGCGCCAAAUGAAGGAUAUAGAAGACCUGCAUGCGGUAUUUGUUCCCGUUGGUGGCGGCGGCCUAAUAGCCGGCAUCGCGGCCUAUCUGAAAAGUGUAUCUCCGGAUAUUAAAAUCAUUGGGGUGGAGCCUUUUGAUGCAAAUGCCAUGGCACUUUCAUUGCAUCAUGGUCAACGAGUAGCGCUGGAUCAAGUCGGUGGUUUCGCAGACGGUGUAGCUGUUAAAAUGGUCGGUGAAGAGACCUUCAGAUUGUGUAAGGAGUUGAUAGAUGGUGUAGUUCUAGUCAGCCGUGAUGCUAUUUGUGCAUCAAUAAAGGACAUGUUUGAAGAGAAGAGGAACAUUUUGGAACCAGCAGGAGCUCUUGCACUGGCAGGGGCAAAAGCAUACUGCCAAUAUUAUGGUUUGCACGGCAAAAAUGUCGUCGCGAUAACGAGCGGUGCUAACAUGAAUUUUGACAGACUGAGAUUAGUUACAGAGCUAGCUAACGUUGGUAGACAGAAGGAAGCUGUGCUUGCGACAUUCAUGCCAGAGGAACCAGGCAGCUUCAAGAGAUUUUGUCAACUCGUGGGAGAUAUGAACAUUACAGAAUUCAAGUACAGAUAUAAUAAUAAUAAUAAUAAUUCAGAUAAGGAGAAAAAAGCUCAAGUGGUGUACAGUAUUGGACUUCAUACAAAAUCAGAACUGGAAGAAAUGAUAAGCAGAAUGCGGUCGUCAAGAUUUGGGACCUUAGACUUGACAGAUAAUGAUUUAGUCAAAGAUCAUCUCCGAUAUUUGUCGGGUCGUCUUUCACACAUUCAGGAUGAGGUCCUUUGUCGGUUUAUUUUCCCAGAGAAACCAGGGAGUUUGAUGAAGUUCUUGGAUGUUUUCAGUCCACGCUGGAAUAUUACUUUGUUCCAUUACAGAGCACAGGGUGAAACAGGUGCAAACGUGUUGGUUGGUAUCCAAGUUGCAAGGAAUGAAAUGAAUGAAUUCAGAGAUCGAGCCAACAAACUUGGGUACGAGUAUGCAGUGGAGGACAACAACAAGGCUUUCAAGCUCUUAAUGUAUUGA